AUGCGGCCCUUUCGAAAACUCAAGAGCAGCUUGCAGCUCGCACUUGAUCCUGAGCUAGACGAAUCAGACAAAGAGGAUCACUCGAUGGCCGAUGAUGAAGAAUGUCAAACCCCGGAAGAUUUCGCAAGGUCAAUGUACCGUUGCCAAAAUUCUCAAGCGUCGACAAGCGGAUGGGCCAGCGUUGAAUAUCGCUCCUCCAAGUGCAAGCGAACUUCGACUCGUCGCUCACACGCGACUCCAUUCGUUAUAUCCUCUCCUGAUGAAGCAUAUAAUGCCUUCAGUCAUGCUCCUUCUGUUCCCUCGGUGACGAACUCCAAGUCCACAGCAAAAGCGGUGACGUACCGGGCUGAGAUAUCGGUCCCUGAAAUCCCUUUUGAAACCGAUGUUUCGAUUUCUGGCACACAAUUCACAGUCUCGGCAGCCACGACCAUUUAUGGUCCAUCCUCUGAUCAGAGAUCCAACGUAACUAGCACUCCCCUAGACUCGCAUGAUGGCAGUAAUGACGAGUACAAGUGGGAACCUCAACCCGAUCUACCGGUAAUGCGAGCUCGUGAGAGGCGCAUAGAUCCAACAGCCGUAAAGCAUGUCAUGUCUUUUCCUUUCACCUAUCUCCCUGACAUAGCCCAUGUUUGGGCGCCUGAUCAGGCGGAUGCAGCGUUGAGAUUCGAUUUUAACGACACUCGGCUCAACACGGAUAUCCUCUCACAUCACCAAUACUCCUCUAAGGAAUCUUCUCUGCAGUCCUCGAGGAGCUCUACAGCGCGGGCAGACUUGAAUGGUCAAAUCACACCCUCGAAAGAUACCGAGAGCUUGCCCAUGAUCCGUAUUGUUUCUGCGUCGGAGAGUAUAGAAGGUUUCGAGGCAAGAUGCGACGGAACCAACGACUUCACCAACCCUUCAGACUCGUUUGACCAUUGGAUUUCAGGUUCAUCUCCCUCACUGGAGCUCUCACAAGACCGUGGUCGUGUUCCGAGCGAAUUUGGUGUCACCACCACUAGGAGGUCAAGAGGUUAUCUUGAAACCGCCAUAGAGAGCCUUGUACCUCUUCUGUUCCCACUGCAGGAUCGACGACAGAUCACACAUCCCUCCAGCCCAGAAAUAGUGUAA